UGGGCUGCAUCCUGGGCUCAUACGGGCUUGCGGGCGUUGACAUGGCGAGACAAUCAUCGAGUAGGUUUCGGAAGCAAACGCCACGGAGAAUCUGAAGAUCUUAUGCAACGCCGUCGGUGCGUAUGACGUCUAAGCACAAGAGCAAAGUGGCUGGCAGAGACGAUCAUUAUAAUUGUCAACACGCAAGGCUGAGAGCUGAAAGUCGCGGUGACAGGUCUUUACUAUACCGAUGGUUGUGCGAGGGAAGGGGAAGGGACGGGACGGGAAGCUGUUCGUGGAAGGUCUCGCGUCCAUAUCGGCAAUGCUGUGCGAGCCAAGCCAGGUCCAAUCCCCGGCCGAUCCAAUUGAGCUUAAGAGCCGUUUCUCCCUCGCGCUGGGUUUGCCCCGGCAACUCAAGCAGGAUCCGGCGCCGGCAAGCUGACAUCACGGGGGAUCCCCUGCUCAUCCGCCUGAGAGCGGCCGAUGACGACAAAUCACACACGGCGGUGCCUGGUUUCGGUGAUUGGGGGAGGCCUCAAAGUGCAACUUGUAAGCCAGGAAUGCGGGGACCCAGGCGUCUGAAAGCAUCGUCAAAGCUCGCGGUGCAUACGGGUGUAUUGUAGAUAAUGAUAAGUGUGGAGUUGUGCGCGUACUACGUAGGUUGCUCCCGUGGCGAGUGGUCACAGCGUCCGAGUGCAGCAGCUGGUCUGGGCAAACCUGCCCUGGCAACGUCGAGAGAGAUACGGGCGUGCUGGUUCUUUGUCCGGCCGCAGCGCCUGCGGCAAGGAGCUCCGACGCGCACCGUCUUAAGCAAAACUUGGCCUGCGUGGGAUCG